GUCCGCAUCUAGUGCAGCUUGUGUAGUACCCGCCAUCCAAGCUAUUACUUCACCCCGGAGCAGAGAGACUCCCCGCCACUUGCACGCCGCUGUACUAAAGUCAAACUCUGUGAGCGCCACAGCUUCACCCACAACGAAAUUCUCAGAAUGGGUGCCACCUUUACAAAUUCUUCCAGAACUGUGUUCGCGUGCCAGCACCCCAGCCAUCACUUGUAUGCCACUCACAUCGGACCCGGAGCCCCAAAUAUCAUUCUUUUAGGGCCUAGCCCCAGAGAGUUUUGCAUGACCUCGGUGUACCCACUAGGAAAUGGACAAAACGUCACUCAAGCUACAGUCACGGCAGCAUUGAAUAGUCUAGACGAACCACUGUGUUCGCACACACGUCUGAACAAUCCAUCGAUUCGUCAGCUCGCCUUAGUCCUGCUCACGUCACGAUCGGACUCAAACUCGUCUGAACGGGUUGCUGCUCAGGUUUUCCCGGCGGUGGUUAUUGUGGCUGCGCUGCAUUUAUCUGCAAUACUGUCGCUCCAGGUAGUCACCGGAUGAGCCUAGUCGUAUACAAGCCCUCGGAUCACGGGAGGCCCGAAUCCGUAGCGCGGCUACCGGUGACCUCUUGAUCGCCCGAGAAUACUUAAGGGGUGCAUACCACACAUUACUGCAGGCCCUCUCUUACGCAAAACGAAGAAGGAACGUUAGCGACGCCUAUACCGGUCACGGGCCU